CGAUCCGUUCACACUUCCCCCCCUUUCGCCGCGGCUCAAACGCCCGCCUGCCUGCACUCUCGCUAGCUUGUCCUUCUGACGCCUGUCGCCUGUGCUUGGGUCUCGUUAUUGGGGAGCGGCCGAAAGCAGCGGAUUUUUGACCAUGGGUAGCUCCUGGCGCGCCGAGCGAUGCUGACUCUCCACCGCCUCCCGUUCCGCGUCUCAUGUUGAGCGGUGCCCCUGCCUGCCUGUGGCGUGUUGUCCUCGUCCUGUGAAUGUCUGUGGCCAUGGCGAGCACCAAGCGAGAGGCAGGAAGUGCCAGCCCUGUGGUGCGCCAGAUCGACAAGCAGUUCCUGGUCUGCAGCAUCUGCCUGGACCACUACUCCAACCCCAAAGUGCUGCCCUGCCUGCACACCUUCUGCGAGAGGUGUCUGCAGAACUACAUCCCUCCCCAGUCCUUGACGCUGUCGUGCCCGGUGUGCCGCCAGACGUCCAUCUUGCCUGAGAAGGGCGUGGCGGCGCUGCAGAACAACUUCUUCAUCACCAACCUGAUGGAGGUGCUGCAGAGGGACCCGGAGUGCGCCCAGCCCGAGGCCUGCAGCGUGCUGGAGUCUGUCACCGCCGCUUCCGCCUGCCAGCCGCUCUCAUGUCCUAACCACGAGGGCAAGGUGAUGGAGUUCUACUGCGAGUCAUGCGAGACCGCAAUGUGCCUGGAGUGCACGGAGGGGGAGCACAGGGAACACGUGACGGUUCCGCUGCACGACGUUCUAGAACAGCACAAAACCGCCCUCAAGAACCAGCUAGAUGCCAUUCGCAACAGGUUGCCACAGCUCACGACGGCGAUCGACACGGUGAAGGAGAUCUCUGAUCAGCUGACGGAGCGUAAGAACGAGGCGGUGAGCGAGAUCAACAGCACCUUCGAGGAGCUGGAGAGGGCCCUGCAGCAGCGCAAGACAGCCCUCGUCACCGACCUGGAGAACAUAUGCAGCUCCAAGCAGAAGGUGUUGCAGGGGCAGCUGUCGACCCUCCUGCAGGGCAAGGAGAACAUCCAGAGCAGCUGCAGCUUCACGGAGCAGGCCCUGUCUCACGGCAGCGCCACGGAGGUCCUGCUGGUCCAGAAGCAGAUGGGGGAACGCGUCGCCGCCCUGGCCUCACACGACUUUCCCGAGCGGCCACACGAGAACGGACACCUGGACUGCCAGGUGGAGACGGAGGGUCUGCGUCGCUCCAUCCAGAACCUUGGAGUACUACUGACCACCAGUGCAGUGGGCCACACCAGCGUGGCGACGGGGGAAGGGCUGCGCCACGCCCUGGUCGGACACCCCACCACCGUCACCGUGACGACGAAGGACAAAGGGGGCGAGCUGGUGCGCACGGGCAACGCUGAGAUCCGGGCCCGGGUUCUUGCAGCCGAUGGCACCACGACACACACAGAGGCGGAGGUGGUGGACAACAAGAACGGGACAUAUGAGGUGACGUAUGCCAUGCGUGCCGAGGGCGAGUACUCCUUCCAGCUCCUGCUGUACGGGCAGCCUGUGCGCGGGAGCCCCUUCCGGCUGCGCUCUGUCAAGGCCUCGGACGUACCUCAAUCACCUGACGACGUGAAGCGGAGGGUGAAGUCACCCAGCGUCGGGGGAGGGGGUCACGUCAGACAGAAGGCCGUCAGGAGGCCGUCCAGCAUGUACAGCACCACCAAGAAGAAGGAGAACCCCAUCGAGGACGAGCUCAUCUACAGAGUCGGCACGCGUGGAAGAGAGCGAGGGGAGUUCACCAACCUGCAAGGCAUCUCUGCCACCAGUAAUGGAAGGAUUGUGGUGGCAGACAGCAACAACCAGUGCAUACAGGUCUUCUCCAGUGACGGGCAGUUUAAGCUGAGGUUUGGGGUCAGGGGUCGUUCCCCUGGGCAACUGCAGCGCCCCACUGGGGUAACCGUGGAUACCAAUGGUGACAUCAUCGUGGCUGACUAUGACAACCGAUGGGUCAGCAUUUUCUCAUCAGACGGCAAGUUCAAGAAUAAAAUCGGUGCGGGGAAACUGAUGGGACCAAAAGGUGUGGCGGUGGACAAGAAUGGCCACAUCAUCACAGUAGACAACAAGGCCUGCUGUGUCUUCAUCUUCCAGUCCAACGGCAAACUGGUCACCAAGUUUGGAGCCAGAGGAACGUCAGAUAGGCAGUUCACAGAGAAGAGUGGUGCAAACAUUACACUGGAGCAAAAGCUUAGUAAAUCAGGCCCAGUGUUCAGCCCACACUUUGUUGCUGUUAACAACAAGAAUGAAAUCAUUGUGACAGAUUUCCACAAUCAUUCCGUGAAGGUGUACAGUGCUGACGGGGAGUUCCUGUUUAAGUUUGGCUCUCAUGGCGAGGGGAACGGCCAGUUCAACGCCCCCACUGGUGUGGCUGUGGACUCCAACGGCAACAUCAUUGUGGCAGACUGGGGCAACAGUCGGAUACAGGUGUUUGACUGCUCCGGUUCCUUCCUGUCCUACAUCAACACCACGGCAGACCCCCUCUACGGCCCUCAAGGCCUGGCCCUCACCAACGACGGACACGUGGCGGUGGCUGACUCCGGGAACCACUGCUUCAAAGUCUACCGCUACCUGCAGUAGCUUGGCCCUACAAGGGUCCGGCCGCGCCCACGUGUGGCCCAGUUACGGUCCACCGCUGGCCCACAUGUGGUGCCCUGAUCCUGGGUUGACAUCAGCAACAGCAGCAGCCUGCAGCUAAACAAACAGGCGGGACUUUACUACAGCUAGCCUAGCACUGAUGAACAAGGACACAACUAAAUGUAAAUGUACUGAAACAGGGUGCCACGACCUUCCUGUUAUUUACUUGUCUUUAAUUUUGCACAUAUUCUCAGCUUUCCCUUUUUUAUUUUAUGAUUGUACGUACAUUUGUUUUACUCAGAAGAACGGUGUGAGUAGGCUACCGUUUUGUUUUCACGAUAAAGCCUAAUGUGAAUAAUAAGACAGAUGAAGGAGAGGCUAGAUAAGCUUGGCUAACUUCAUGCCAUUGGCUAUUUGCCUGAUUCUGAAGGACAAUGUAUAACUCUUAUCACGUUAGCAAACGUCUCGGAGUGAGAGAUUUUUGAAAGCAGCAUGAAAAAAGCGAAACAUUUACGGCUGAUGAUUGAUUUGCGGUUUGCUUCUCCGUAGUGACUCGACCUGCAUAGCUAUUGUGCCAGCUUCUCUGUACAUAUUAUGAGCUGCCUGGUUAGUCUAAUUUAUUGAAGGAAAACUUCGUAAGUCUGACCAUCUGAUUCAUGUGAUUGUUUCAAAAUGAUCAUUUUAUCAGGAUUUUCCAAAAUUGAUGAAAGGGUUUGGGAAUGAGAUGGACGCCUUGAGGUUAACAAUAUGAAAUUCUAUUAAGGUGUACUGUGCCAUCGUCAUCAUAUUGUAAAUAUUAUUUCAAAAUCUACAUUUCCAAUAUGCUGGUAAGAUUUGUUGCAUACUUUACACCUCUAAAGCUCAUCUAUGGACAACCUUGUCCUUUUGUGAGCUCAGACGUCAUUCUAAAUCGUGUGAUCAUGGAGUCCUGGAACGCUGUCAUUUGAAAUGCACAUUUUAAGAUCUGAAGACCGAUGUGAUUUUGUGUGGAUGAAUAGGCGGAUAGCCAGCAUAACAUAUCAAUGCAUUUCGAGGAGGUUGUCCAGUAGAGGUGUAACUCUUGGUUCCCCUCACUAGGCUAGAAGUUCCUUUUGGAUGAAAGCUGAAUUGCCUUCAUACUCGUAAAGGUAUCCAGUUGUAGACCCACAGCAUACAAUUUACAUAAUUUGAAUGUCUUGAUUCCAUUCUCCCUGACCCCAUUGAAUCAAAUAAACACAGCUAUAUCACAGCUGAAACAUACAGGAACACCUUCAAAGGCAAAGGCUGAAGACCUGAAAAAUAUCUCAAAAUACUCUAUUUCUGGAGAAUAUACUUGUUGGUUUCAGCUGCAAGAUACAAUGCCAGAGCUCGCCAACACCCGCCACUCCAACUCACCAAACUCACACUCACACUCACACAAUUUGAAGCUGUGUCAUCUGUACAGUACAUUGAAUUGCUGUAUAUUAAUGCUUUUGUAUAUUGUGUAAAUUGCAUAGCUAUCUGUGGACCUCUCUUGACAUGACCUUGUUUCUAGUCUAGCAGCUCUCAAGUGCAGCAUCUCAGCUUCGCCAGUCUACUAGUACCAGUGUUGCCAGAUUGGGCAGUUACCUGCCCAAUUGGGCUGCUCUGGAUAGCGAUCUGCGGUUAAAAUUGUCAAAAACGGCCAUUGGUCGGGUUUUUCUGUAGUUUUAUGGGCAUGGAAAUCAAUACAAUUUGGUUGUAAUUGGGGCAGAAUUUAGCGCCUCCAAGCGUUUUUUUAAAACCCUUUGAGCUGGAUAUGAUCCGACACAUCUGGCAACACUGACUAGUACUGUGCUGUACUUCCUGUUCCGCCUGAGCAGGGCAGCUUGUAGUCAGAGCAGAGGAGGACAACUGGAUUGAGAAAGGAAAAAGUCUGGUCAUAUUUUCCACCUAGCUGAUCUCUUGUAAAAGAACACCAAGAGUUGCUUGAGCUUUAAAAAAAAUGCCUAUUUUUUUUUACUGGUUCUUAUUACUGUUACAGUACAGUGCAGUACAGAAGCAGUAGUUUGAAAAAAAGUAGUUUGAAAAAAAAAACAUUACUAAGUGCUGCUUGAAUAAUGGUGAUUUGAUUAAUUGGCCCAUCUACAGCAGCUAGGGAUCAGCUGGCUCAACGUUAUUUGCUAAAAUGAAUACUGUGGUAGGACUUCUCCUUUGAGAACCUCAACCCAGGAUGUCCAGCCUCUGCUCGUAGUCCAUACAGUAUGUGUUUGCAAAACCUGAAGCUUCAUACUCGAGCCUGGCCGUGCCAAUGUACUACAUGUGCUCUAUUUAUUGCUGACUUGAAUAGCACAACUUCUUUUUAUUUUGUCAAGUCUUUUUCACAAAAAAGCUGAAAAAAACAAAAAAAAACAAUGUUAAUUUAUUUUAUUUUGUACGCAAUCGUAUAGUUUACAAAAUUAUUUUUCUAAUUUGACGCUAUCUGAACUUUUCCUCUGCUGCUGGUAUACUGUAUGCCUUGACAUGACAAAAAAGCAUCUUUCUAGUCCCACUGCAUGAAAUCUUAACUGUGUAGCGAGCCUUUGCCUGUACAUCGAAACCAAGCCAACUUUUGGUUAGGUUUUUUUUGGUUUGUUUGCCAAAUAAUACCUUGUAUUUGUCAGUUGAUAACUUCACCCAUUCUGCAAACAUGCACAUUGGGACGUCAGUGCUACUUCCCACACUUAGAAUACACUCCUAUGUGCUAAGAAUUAAUCACAUUGUUGUUGAUCAUUCAGAAAAGAGCAACAUGUGAUUAUUUAUCUUCAGAAGUUGCCAAAUGUUUUGUAGUGCAGAGCAGCUUUGAGGCAUGGCUAGGAUAGAAGUUCAACUUACUCAGCAACAAAAAAACUCAUUUGCAUUUACAAUUUAUAUAGUUGAAUAUCAUUUUGGGUCACCCAAAACUCAAUUUGCAGUGUUUUUUAUUUAUUUUUUACUCCUUUUGUCCUGAUUGUCAUCAACUUUCAAAUCUCAAGAAGCAACGCCGCCGAAGCUGUUGCGUCACCAGGAGGGCCUAGCCUGGCUAGGUGAAAGCAGCACUCUCAGAUACUUUCAGCUCUGAUAUGGCACCUUCACUAUAGGAACUCCUUCACCAGUAAAGGGGUCUUCAAACACGUAGUAUAUUUGUUAUUUUUCCUCCCAUUACAUUAGAGUGUAAUGCAGCUGUUGUGAUGAUGGUAAACAGUACACAGUAGGCCCUAUACAUUACCAUUUAGAUGUUCCCUCCUCACCCAGGCAGAGGGAGUAACUGUAGCCUAUUCUACAGAGGCCAUUUCUCCAUCUUGCCUACAAAAUGUUUUGAAUUUGGCCUUCUUUUUCACCUACUAAUUUUCAUACAGUCCUUGAACUGUGUGGAAAUGUUUUAGCGUUUACAUUGUUACCAUAAGUAACAAGUCACUUUAAAUAUGGAACACCAUCCCUGGUGUACUGUAUGUCACACCAAUCUUAAGUUGUGUUUUUUUCUAAUCUUGCAGAACACUACUGUUUUCAUGACUAGUCAGGACAGAGUGCAUGAGUUGACAUUAUUUCAGAUUGUAAAAAAAAGUCUUGUAAAAAUUGAUAGAAGCACUUUGGCCAUCAAUGUAGGUGUGUGGCUAUUUUAAUACAUCACACACCCCCACAAACACACAAAAGAGUAUGACAAACAGAAGAAAAUAAAAACAUUCUAGUAAUCCACUCUCCGGCACAUUAAUCAAGACGUAUUUGUCUAUUCAUAUGGUUUUAUUGAAAAGACACAUAGAAAGCUUGGGAGAAAUCGAAGGUGGCAAGCUGACAUGCUAUAUAAAAGGUCGCCUGUAUGUAAUGAACUGUACGAGCAAGUCACUGUAAAACGUUGCUGUCAGUUAAACGUAAAACAGUAAGUUGUCCUGCUUUUAAGUUUAGGUUUUUAAGUUAACUCAACUUGAGAAAGCCUUGAAUUGAGUUAAGCCUCGAGUUGAGUUAACGGCAGCAGGGCAACUUACCUUUUUACAUUUAGCUGGCUACAAUGUUUUACAAGGUAAAGAGUGUCCUACCACUUUGCUCCUCCACUACCCUGUUAGUGCAAGUGAUGUGUUUACUUGUGUGUGUUAACUUAUUCACUGUAAGUUGUGCAAUAACAGGAGAAAGGAUGGACACCAUCUCCCAGACAUACUAUGUUAAGCUCAUACAGUAUCUAGUGUAUGAGAUUUGUCUAUUGUAAAUGUGAAUCAUAACUAAUUAUUUAUCUAUUGGGAGUGAAUGUAAUACUGUUGGAUACCAGAGGGUCGUCAUGACAGCAGAUACACAGCACCAUGCUAUUUUCUAUCCUGUACACUAUUCACUCAUUCAAUGGCAUUGCAGGCAGAUACUCCUAGUCAUGAUCAGUGGGAACUGUGGAUUUUUGACCAACUUGUAGUUCAAAGACAUUUAUCGAAAGGCUGUUCUUUGAUGUUCCACAUAAAAAAAACUUUGACUGGAUAACGGGCCCAGCUGCAAAUGCAUAAUGUAUGUUUCAGAUGUUUCUCAAUCAUGUUUUUGGAACAUUUAUGUGCUUAAAUGUGAAAAAAACAAUAACAUAAAAAAAACUUUUUUUUGUUGCUUGUGUUCCUGUGCCUGACACUCUUUUGCUGUGUCCCUCUCCACUGCUGCAGUGACCUCACCUCUCUACCAUGCCUGUGGCAACUCAAUCAAAGUACCUACCUGAUGUGAGUCACACAUGUGUAUACUAGUUGCGGUUGCGUGCUCCAAAAAUACACUUUAUAACUUAUUUUCAGGUCUGAGGAAGAGCCAACAUGAGGAUCGGAAUGUUGCCUUGAAAAUAAGUAAUAAAAUUUGGAGUAUAAAAUAAGUAAUGAAAUUUGUUUUUGGAGAAUACAAGUGAGGUGUGAGGACCACUCUCUCCUCCUACUUUUAUCUGGCAGCUGGAGUUGACCCGUAACUCCCAAUUGACUGUAAAACACACCUGUGUCCAUGUGCUACUCACAUUGGGUGGAUGCUCAAGAUUUGGUUGCCCUAUUGCCAAAACCCUGACAAAAAUCAUUCUUCUCCGCUUGGUUCUUAUCUGUUCUAACGGUCAGGGCAUUGGACCGAUUACACACAUCUGGAAUGUAAUUGUGACUGCGCUACGCCAUACCGCUACCUUAUACCUUAUACCCCGCCCGGGCCCUGUCUCCCUGUUGCAUUACAUUGACUACAGUAUGUUGACUGAUAAGACCAUUGUUUUAUUUCUCUGUCAAUAUGCACUGGUAAUAAAAGCACAUGGUUUACUGA